AUGUAAAAAUCCUGGGAAACCUUAUGUAAAAAUCUCCGAAGUCCAUUUCUUUAACAUUUCUUAAAUCUUCAAACUCUUAUUGAUGAAUUAUCUCAAUAAAUUGAUUAACCUUAAAUUUCUCAUGAAAUUGCAAUUCAAAUUUAAGAAAUGAUAUCUUAAAUUGUUUAGAUGUAUAUUCAAAUAAUAAGUUUAGUAUAGAUAUUGAACACUAAAAUUUACUUGAUGGAUUUGAAUAGAGUGUUUUAUUAUUUGCAUAAAUUGAUUCAGAAGAUAGAGUGAAGUAAUUUGAAACAUUAAAUCUUAUAUAAGAAUUGUUUAAUAAACUAGCUCUAUCUUAUUUCUAUAAUGAUGAUCAUAUUGAUGAAAAGAAAGUUUAAAUGCCAUUAAAUGAUGGCACAUCAACUUGUUCUGAUUUCUCAGAUGAUAAUUUUGAAGUUGAAGAUUUUGAAGCUUAAGUUGCUUAAGAACUCUUUUAAUAAAUUAAAAGUUAAUUAUAGGAUCCAGAAAUUGAAUAGAAAUGCUAUUAAUUUCAAUUUACUAUCUUUUAGGAAGAAUUGAAUAUUAUGGAUUUUUUUAACGAUUCACUUGAAUUAUAAAUUAAGGAGUAUGAUGUAAUUGUAUUUUUAAAUUAUUCUGGACUUCUUCAAAAGUUGAUGAAUUAUAAAUAAGAUAAUUAAUUAGAAUUCUUUGUUGGUCAAUUAUAUAUAAUACUAAACAGAAUUAAAAAUGAUGAAAUAGAUUCUUUGAUUGAAGCAAACUGUUUUGAACUUAAGUAUAGUAGACUAUCAUAAAGGAAAUUCUUGAGAUGUAAAAUUCUUUCAAAUUUAUAUACUAAACUUGUAUAUGAGAAAUUAGAUAGAUGGAGAAAUACUUAACAUAUUCAAGAAAUACAAGGUGAAAAUUUAAAAGCUUUGAGACGAUUUAUUGUUUAACAUAAAGCUCCAUUAAGUAGAUGGGAAGUCAGUAUUUUAUCUAUUCAAGAUGUUUAAGUUAAUAAUGAAAAUAUACUUGAUAAAUUUUAAAAAUUAGUCAUUGCUCUAUCAUUACCUUAUGAUUUACUUUUAGAGAAUUUUACUAUAUUAGAUAAAUUGUAUGUUAAUUUAUAAUAAUUCUAAAAAUGGUUUAAAUUGAGUUCAAUUCCAUUUACAGUUUCUGAAAUAUCUUAAUUAUUUAAAGAAGUCAGUUAAACUUAUGGUUAUUAUACUAAUUAAGGUAUCAAAGUGAUUUAAAGAAUUGAUUUUUAUUUGUUUUUAGAAACUGUAUAUGCUCUUAAUCAAAAUGAAAAGAGUAUCAAAGAAAAGCCUGAUAUCAAAAGUAUCAAAUAUAAUGAUGAAAUUACUAUAUAAUAAUAUAAUCGUCAUUUAUAACUUAAAGUUAAUGAUUUGUAAUUAUAAUUAAACCAAAAAAACAUUAUUAUAGAUUAAUUAAAAAAGUCACAAUAAGAAGUAUAAUAAACAUCUAGAAUUAAUACUAAAUCUAACAAUGAAAUAAAGGAUAAUGAAUCUGAAAUUAAAAUAGAACUAUUACAUUAAGCAGAAAUAAAUUCAAUUAAAAAUGAAACCUAAUAAUAAUUAAAAAUAGUAGAACUUAAAUGGAAAAAUAAAACUAAAGAUUUAUUAUUUGAAUUAGAAAAUAAAGAUAAAUAAAUUGAUCAAUAUAGACAGCAAAUAGAAGCAUUAAUGAAAGAACUUGAAUGGGUUAAGACAGAAAGAAAGACAAAAUGA